AUGAGAAAGCUCAAUGAUCUUCAGGAACGGGUAAAGUGCAACGACAGCGGCGAUCAGGCUGCAGGAGUUCCAUUGAAUUCAGCCGAAGAGAAGUCGGCAAAUACCGUAGUCCACCAAAGAAAACUCAAUUGUCUUCAAGGAUUUUUGAGUCUUCGUCGUCUUUUUUAUUUGAUCGGUUACACCGUUGGAAGCUAUCCAUAUGCCUAUUUAACAGUUGCAUUGCUGAUCUCCGUGAACUCACUUGGAAUGUUAAACAUACACUUGAAAGAUCGGAUUCGCGACGGAUACACGCCAGUAAAUGCGCCUUCAAGAUAUGAAACGGAUGUGCUCAGAGAAUUUUACAACAUAUCUGGUGAUCCAGCAAUGACAAUUCUUAUAAUGAUGCCUAAAAAUGGGACCUCGAUGCAUGCUAAGGAAAACAUGGAUGAAGCUAAAAAACUUUCCGAAUAUUUGUUCAAAAAUUUCUCAACAACUCGGAACGGAAAGGAGCUUCGUUUUACGGAUUUAUGCCAUCCAUAUUGUGAAAUAAACAAAGUUUUCGAUCUUUUCAAGAAUGCAUUUGAUGAAGAAUAUCGAAAGCUGCAAAAAGGAGAAGAAUUGUCAGCAAACACAAAUCUUUCCUAUCCUCUGGCUAAAAUGAACGGUUUCGACAUUCAUUUGGAGAGAAGCUUUUUUGGAGUCUCCCUUAAUAGCGAUAAUUCAACCAAUCUGCUUCCGCAUCAAAAAAUUACGAACAUGAAUCAUGUUGAGGUUCUGAUAUUUAUUUUCCGCGGUGAUCGGCAUUCGGAAGAGCGUGAAAAAGAUUUGACCAAAUGGGAAUUGGCUGCCUAUGAUUGGGCAGUUAAUGAGCACAAGAGUGACAUAGUUGAUAUUCAAGUCGCGGGUACCGAUAUAUUGGAUAACGAGAUGAUGAAGGAUGGUAGAAGGCUUACUCCAUUUUUUGCUGCUGGAUUUGGUUUCGAAAUCACUUUUGUUAGUGUCUGCGUUAUUCUCACUGCUGUUUAUCACAAUUGCAUGGACAGAGGAAAAAUAUUGAUCAGCUUGGGAGCAGUUUUAUGCCCCAUUCUGGCCAUCUCAUCAACUUAUGGCAUUGUGUCGCUUGUCGGAAUGCGUGUCAACUCUUUUAUGCUUGUUAUGCCAUUUUUAGUAAUGGGAAUAGGAGUUGAUUCAUGUUUUUUGAUGAUUCAUAGUUGGCAGUCGGUUCGAUCUCAAGGAUGUAGCACACAAGAUCGACUAGGAAUGGUUUAUGAAUUAGUCGGGCCCUCUAUAACGAUCACAUCCCUUACCGAUUUUUUGUCGUUUGCAAUUGGAGCAUUGGCGCCCACACCAGAGACACGUCUUUUCUGCAUUGCUUCUUCAAUUGCCCUUGCUCUGACCUACAUACUGCAAUUAGUUUUAUUUGGUCCAAUUCUCGCAAUUGCCACGAAGUAUGAACACAAAAAAUCGUCGGUGAACAAUAGCAAUUGGCGACAAAAAGUCAAAACUUUCUGGAAGAAGACUAUUAAAAUUUAUUGUAAACUCCUUGCCAGCAAAUUCUUUUGCGCCUUGGUUAUUACUGGAACAUUCGUUUACUGGUAUUUCGCUAUCUAUGGUCUUAUGACGAUGAAAACUCGGCUCGAUGCUGUUAAGAUUUUGCCGAAAGAUUCCCCAUUGCAACGACCGAAUCAAGUGCUGACCAAUUUAGUGUGGGCUGAAUAUCACCCCGUCACUAUAAUUGUAAAUAAUCCACCAGAUUUGGAAAAUCAAACACAAAUGCACCGCUUUUGGGAUAUGGUAGAUCAGUUCGAAACACUUGACCACAACAAAGGAAAGGGGUCAACAUUGCUUUGGUUACGCGAUUAUAUUAAUUUCUUUUACUUUGGCGAGCCGUUUGAUCUUUUCGCCCUGCUUGGAUUCACACAGCCCGAGAAGAACCCAGAGAUCAAUCCACUAGAGGCAAACUUGACAGCAUCCAAAUUGCCCGAAUUUCUCAAAUCGCCAUUUUACAAACACUGGGAUAGUUUUAUUCAUUAUCAUAUGGAAAAGGCAGCAAUUAAAAUUGACCAAUUUAUGAUGAGUGUUGCUUAUCAUAAUACUUCGGCGUGGGAAACUCGGAUCACUUUGAUGACUGAAUGGAGAAGAGUUGCUACGAACUUUUCUGAUUUGAAUGUUACAGUUUGGGAGCCCAAUGGAAUGUUUGUAGAUCAAAUGUUAAGUUUGGGAAAAACUGCUACACAGACGGGGACGUGGACUUUACUUUGCAUGGCAAUUGUUUGCGCCAUCUUCAUUCCAAAUCCUUGCAGUGUUGUGACAGCAGCUAUUUCGAUAGCUUCCAUCACCACCGGAGUUAUGGGAUUUUUGUCGCUGUGGUCUUUUGAUUUGGACCCGGUUGUUAUGGCGGCCGUUCUCAUGUCGAUUGGAUUAUCCGUCGAUUUCAUUGCACAUGUUGCUUAUCACUUUCAGCUCACUCACCGAAAGGAAAUGAAAAACGGUGAAGUUAUAAAAAUACCACUAAAAGGUUCGAUCGAGCGUUUGGAGCACACAUUGGCAGCCGUUGCGUGGCCAAUGAUUCAAGCUGGUGUUUCCACAAUUUGCUGUAUCCUUCCACUUCUGUUCCGAGCUAGCUAUUCCCCUUCUGUAUUCGUUGCUGCUAUAUUCCUUGUGGUCUCAUUGGGAAUGCUUCAUGGAUUACUUAUUUUACCAACAUUCUUGGCGGCUCUACCGGAAAGUAUUACCACUGCGAACUGCUACCGCGUGUUCCUUUCGUCAUCUUCGGAAAGAAGCUGCAGAUAUGUGGCACGUCGUGACAGCGAUACUAGUAUUGAAAUGAAACCAAUGGAAAACAAAGAUAACACGGAAGCGCUCUCCUCGAUAAACAAUAACGAUUAA